AACUUUUGCCUAGUUCCUUCUUCCCCAACUCUCCCCAGUGGGCCGAGAAGAAAUGAAACCGGGGUCGUUGACUGACUCUUCCCUGUUAGUCUCCCAUGAUCCAAAACUCUUCUGAAUGGCAGCAAGACUGGGAAUGGUCUAAGCUUCCACGAAUCAGAUGUUGGAGGGUACGAGCGAUGUUGAUUUGGAGCGGUGAGCCAGGUGGUGGUGAUGGUAGACGCACAGCGAAAGGGAAUUCCGGAAAAUUUGGGAGUUACCAGGACGUCGGGUCUAAAAGGAGUAAGACAAGGCGUCCACGAUGAACGUGGUCAACGUGGCUUCAUCGUGAGCGGGCCAGAGUGUCUCUCCACCCCGAGAGCCUUGGCAUGAGUGUGUCCAGGGUGGCGGCUGCGGUCAUCCAGCAGGUCGAAGAGGAGCUGGAUGAAGAGGAGAAGGAGACUCUCGUGUUCCUGUGCCGGGAUCUGGCCCCCGACUUGCCCUCCGCGGACGUCAGGGAGCUCCUCAGAGCCUUGAAUGACAGAGACCAGCUGACCCUGGCCACUCUGUCCGAGUUGCUCUACCGCGUGAAGAGGUUCGACCUGCUCAAAAGGAUCCUGAAGACCGAGAGAGCCACCGUGGAGGCCAACCUCAUCAGCAAUCCCCGGCUCGUCUCCGAUUAUAGGGUGCUGAUGGCGGAGCUUGGGGAGGAUAUGGAUAAAUCGGACGUGACCUCAUUCAGUUUUCUCCUGACGGAUUACAUGGGACGAGGAAAGAAAGCUGUGGACAAGAGCUUCUUGGCGGUGGUGAUUGAAUUGGAGAAGCUAAACCUGGUUGCCCCUGAUCAGCUGGAUUUACUAGAAAAGUGUCUGAAGAACAUUCACAGGAUAGACCUGAAGAAGAAAGUCCAGAAAUACAGGCAGGCGGUUUUGGGAGCUUCCAACUUCCAGCCCAACUACGUAAAUGCAGUCCAGGCCUCUCUCCCUAACCUUAAUCUUCUCGAGCCACUGAGCUGCCAAGAGCACCAAGCUGGAAGAAUUCUGCAGCAUGGCCUUCAACCAGAGCCAGUUAAGACUUCCAUUCAGGAGUUGGGACCCACCUUAAUUCAGCCGCCUCCCGACGAAUAUUACAGGAUGCAGAGUCAGCCCCUAGGCAUCUGCUUGAUCAUCGACUGCAUUGGCAACGACACAGAGGGGCUGAAAGAGACCUUCGAGGCGCUGGGAUUCGAGGUGACGACCCGCCCCUACCCGGACGUCGAGGCCCUGGACCGCAUCCUGCGCGACACGGCCCGGCUGCCCGGCCUCGGGGCCUGCGACAGCUUCGCCUGCGUCCUGGUCAGCCGCGGGGGCCCCGGCACCGUGCUGGGCGUUGGACCGGCCCCCCGUCCGUUCCCCCUCCACCGGCUGAGGACGUUCUUCACCGGGGACACCUGCCCUGCCCUCCUGGGCAAACCCAAGCUGUUCUUCGUCCAGAGCUACCUCGUCGCCGAGGGCCGAGACGACCCGGCCAGCCUGCUGGAGGUGGACGGGUGCCCGGGCUUCCGGACGCCCCCCGAGCCCGGAGCCGGGCUCCCCCGCGAAGCCGACAUCUUCUGGAGCCAGUGCGAGGUGGACGUGUCCGUGCUGGAGAGGUCACCGGGCUCGGCCUCCUUCUACCUGCGGAGCCUGUCCGAGCUGCUACUCCAGCCUGCUUCAAGGAGGCGGCCUUUGCUGGACGUCCACACGGACCUGACCCGCAAGGUGGACGAGCGGAACGUCUGGGCAGCUUCUGAGGAGAAGUACUCCCUGGUACUGAAGCACACGCUGAGGAAAAAACUCAUCCUCUCCCGCAGUUGAGAAGCCCGCUGCGUGCCGAAUCCUCUCCUACGGAGUUGUUUAGGCUCUUGGGAAGGGGGUUGGAUGGAGGAUGGGGAGGAGGGCUGGCUUCCUUUGGGAUUGGGGCGAGCGGAUGAGCGGAUGAGCAGAGAAGAGGCCCGGCUCCCUCUCGUCACCAGGAAUCAGUUUGGCCCCAGGGGCCUGAGGUGACUCUCUAGUAGCUAACCUCCUUUGGGGUUUGGGCAAGCGGGUGAGCGGAGGAAAGACCCCUCUUAGCACCAGGAUUCCCCUUAGGGUCAGGAGCAGCAGCGUGGCUUAGUGGCUGGAACCCGGG